AUGACCAAGGAGGCGAUAGAAUGCGACAUCUGCCAUAGACUGCUCGACAAAAGACGCCAGCCCUUGUGCGCAUCUUGCGUGCAAGCAACGCUAUACACGCCUCGGAUCGAACAAGCUGGAGCUCUUCUGAGUCGCGAGAAAGCUCACACGCAUGUCGAGGCCAUCUUGAGGCCGGGGAAUCACGGUGUCAUCGCUGCGUUGCCCGAGGAUGCUGAUUACGACGCGAUCGAAGUGGGAGUGAAAUCACAUAGCUUCGAAAGAGCGAACGUCGAAAGGCAGGCAGCAGAAGCAAGAGUCAACCGGAUUACAGCAAAGGCCGAACAGCUGAAGCAGCAGAUUGAGCAGUACAAAUCUUCAGCCGCGAGGCAGAAGGACGAAAAUGCCAGGAGAAGGGAUGAAAUCACCGGCGAGCGCAAGAAGCUCGAGAAGCAGCACUUUGGUGCUAUUGAUCCGGUGUAUACUGUGAUCCGGAAGGCUGAGCACCGACUGAACAAGAUCCAUGGACGCACCGCUGAAGCAAGAGAGUACAUCUGCCGCGCAGAAAGCUCGCUCGCUGGAUUGAAGAAGGGCAAGGAUCGAGACGGCAGGUCGCUCUAUUGGCUGGACGGCCUGCCUAUACCCGACCUUAGAGAUAUGAACGGGAGCAACGGCAGGAUGAGACUGGGCAGCGUCAACACUACAGAGGGAAGCAAGCAGCCCGUCGAAUCUUACCAAUUAAUCUCGGCGUCUCUGGACAACGUGUGCCGGCUCAUGGGACUAUGCUGCCACUACCUCUCCGUGCGCCUACCGGCCGAGAUCAUUCUUCCGCACAACAAGUUCCCGCAUGCGGCAGUGUUGCCCAUCGACUCAUCUUACAGGGCCAACGAUGUUCACUACCCGACAACAUCCUCCAGCCAGCAGCUCCAGGACAGCAGCUUCUCUCGCCCUCGCAUCCUUCACCUUGACCGACCUUUCCCUCAGCUUCAAAAGGAAGAUCCGAAAGCCGCCGCUCUCUUUCGAGAAGGCGUCGUGCUGCUAGCCUACAACAUCGCGUGGCUUUGCAGAUCGCAAGGGGUAGAUGUGGGCACGACCUUCGACGACAUAUGCGAGAUUGGUCGCAACCUCUACAAACUGCUUCCGAGCGAAAAUGUCGGCACCAAGCGGCCGUCGUUGCUCCGUAACAUCACGACCGCGACUGACAAGACAACCGGCUCCGCUCCUGCUACGGCAGAUACUCAGCCCAAAUUCGGCUCUCAUUCACACAGCAGCGCCUCCCAUUCCCUCGCCGGCCACGAAGGUCACGCCCUAUUCGGCCCUGGCUCGAGCUGGGACGUUUCAAUCCACAGGCUCACGGACCAGCUAAAGUCGUACCUUCGCAAGGAAGCGCAGCGCGCGGAGUGGGACAUCAUCGACACGAAGGAGUGGGAUGAAGAGCAAGAAGCUGACCGCGCGGUCUUUGUUGGUGGUGCGCGGAGGCAGGUUGAUGCAAACAUGAAGGGUCCUGCUAUGAGCGUAAUGACGGUCAAGCCGUCGGAUGAUGAAGAUAUGCCUCGUGCUGCGGAGGGCGGAAAGGGGAGGGCUGGGUGGAUGAAGAUACCCUGUCUUCCAUCCUUUUGA